CUGGCUCAGCAGUCUGUACUUUUUGAUUUUUCCUCUAUGACUCUCUCUCUCUCUAGAGAUUAGACAAAAACCUUGUCUCCAAUGUAUCAUGCACCCACCAACUGUGUAACUGCGUUCUAGUUUCUUGUUCAAAGACUUUAGUAUUUUUUUUUUUAUUUUCCCUUUGCCGGUUUCUGUCCGGUUGCAGUACGGGAAGGUUUUUUUUUUAUUCUUUUUGGGCUUUUUUGAUGGGAGGAAUGAUGGCGGUGGAUGUAGCGUUGGAGUUCCUAGUACCGUCUUGGUGGGAGUUGCAAGUCGCCCUGGCGGCGGCGGCGUUUCUGGUCGUGGCGUACUGGUUCUUCGCCGUGGGUGGCGGUGAUGGAUGUGGCUCCGAUGAUCGGGUGUUCUCGGAUGGCCCCGGCGCCGGCGCUGCGGACACGAUUGAUGAUAAGGAUAAGAUGGGCCAGUUUAAAGGAGAUUCUCCUAAUUCUGCAUACCUGAUAAAGGUGGAGCUGUUGGCAGCAAAAAAUCUUAUUGGGGCAAACCUUAAUGGCACAUCAGAUCCUUAUGCAAUAAUCACAUGUGGUUCAGAAAAGCGAUUCAGUUCCAUGGUUCCUGGUUCAAGAAAUCCCAUGUGGGGUGAGGAGUUCAACUUUUCUGUUGAUGAGCUUCCUGUGGAGGUUAUUGUCACAAUAUAUGAUUGGGAUAUAAUAUGGAAAAGUGCAGUUCUUGGUUCAGUGACGAUUCCGGUUGAAGAAGAAGGUCAUACGGGUGCUAUAUGGCAUACACUGGACAGUCCAUCUGGGCAGGUCUGCCUUCAUAUAAAAACCAUUAAACUCCAGAGGAACUCUCCCAGAGGCUUGAAUAACUAUGCUGGUGCCAACACUCGAAUAAGAACUUUGGAUAAACAAGGACCUACAGUUGUUGAACAUAGCUAUUCUUGUGCGCUUGAGAGAUCAUUCUUGUAUCAUGGUCGAAUGUAUGUAUCAACAUGGCACAUCUGCUUCCAUUCUAAUGUUUUCUCGAAGCAGAUGAAGGUGAUUAUCCCUUUCGGAGAUAUAGAUGAGAUAAGGAAGAGUCAACAUGCAUUUAUAAAUCCAGCUAUCACAAUAAUUCUUCGGAUGGGUGCUGGGGGGCAUGGUGUGCCUCCUUUGGGAAAUCCUGAUGGUAGAGUGAGAUACAAAUUUGCAUCCUUCUGGAAUAGAAAUCAUGCUUUGAGAGGUUUACAACGUGCAGCAAAGAACUAUCAUGACAGGCUAGAAGCUGAGAAGAAGGAGAAGGAACAGUCUGCAUUGCGCGCGCAUAGCAGCUCAAUUGGAGGCAGUAAAAGGCGACCCAAGAUUUCUGAGGAGAAUGUGCCCAAGACUGAAAAGUUUCAACCAUUUAUCAAAGAGGAAGUGCUUUCUGAAAUAUACAGCGAUAUUUUUCCAAGCACUGCGGAGCAAUUUUUCAAACUUUUGUUAGAUGAUGGUUCAACCUUCACAAGUGAAUAUCGUAGUGUCCGAAAGGAUACGAACCUUGUAUUGGGUCAGUGGCAUGCCGCUGAUGAAUACGACGGUCAAGUAAGAGAAAUUACAUUUAGGUCCUUGUGCAACAGUCCAAUGUGCCCCCCGGAUACAGCUGUGACUGAGUGGCAACAUGCUGUUUUAUCAGCUGAUAAGAAAACACUGAUCCACUGUAGGUGGUCAUUUGACUCUAACUCUGAGUCCUCGUGCACCUUGAAUAUCAAAGCUGGUGCACAUUUCAAGAAAUGGUGCGUGAUGCAAUCCAAGAUCAGAUCAGGUGCCAUCAACGAGUACAAGAAAGAGGUGGAUAUAAUGUUAGAGGUGGCUCGUUCGAAUGUCCAGUCGAAAGCCUCCACAGGUGAGAUCACAAAUGCGUCAUCAUCUCCCACUGUUGAAGAAAAUACAUGAGAAUUUGGUAAAGCAGAGUUAAGCUUUUGGUGUUCAAAAGUGCGUAUUGGCGGCCAAAAGUCACUCAGACAUUUUCACAGCUUCUUAACAUUAUUGCGCCCUGUCUGCUUUGAACGAGAGAGACCAAGUGGUGCCCUUUGUGUAAUCUAUGUGGGAUAUACAGUUCAGUUAUAGCUUAUAGGAUCAGUAACUUAAAUGUUCCGUUUUUAGUGAAUAAUAUAGCAUUCUUCUUUUGCUUGUUGUCUUCCUGAAGAAAAGCCAAUUUGUAAUCAAGUGUCCUUCCCAGCUAUAAACGCAUAAUUAGUCUAUUUUGUUCACCAGCAGAUUGAUCAUCUUUUUUUAUAAAUUUAUAUAUAGUCUUGUUAUGUCGCG